UGGAGGUUUGUCUUGGAUCAGAAGGGCUCCAGAAAGGUUCUUAUUCUCCACCUCCACCACAAACACCUCUACCAACGAGCAGAGCUGACCGCCCAGGCCUCCAGCCAACCUCCAUCCUCCCCCCAACACAUCGCCUUCUCCAAGGGGCCAUCAUGGAGCCGCAGGACCUCCCCCUCACGGACCCACCGCAGCUCCUUGAGCGCCGCGUUCGCAAAGCCCAACCCCCGCUCUCGGCCCUCCGGUCCAGAGUCAAGGAGGAGGUGGCGUGCUCCAUGCCCAGGGCUCGCUCCACCCUGCUGGGCUUCUUCCCCGUUGUCAGCUGGCUGCCCAAGUACAAGCUCCAGGAGUACGUGUGGGGCGACCUGAUGUCCGGUGUCAUCGUGGGGAUCAUCCUGGUACCGCAGGCUAUCGCCUACUGCCUCCUGGCCGGGGUGCAGCCCAUCUACGGCCUGUACACGUCCUUCUUUGCCAACAUCAUUUACUUCUUCAUGGGGACCUCCAGACACGUGUCGGUGGGCAUCUUCAGCCUCAUGAGCCUCAUGGUGGGCCAGGUGGUGGACAGAGAGGUGUUCCAGGCAGGGUUUGACCUCAGCGACACAGACCCAGGGUCCUUCAACGGAACGGGUGUCGCCUCAAACCUCUCGGCAGCCACCGUGGAAGUGAUGGGAGUAGUUUAUAGCAAGGAGUGCUAUGCUAUUGCCAUAGCAGCCGCUCUCACGCUGCUAGCUGGAAUCUACCAGGUCUUGAUGGCAGUGUUCCGGCUGGGCUUCGUCUCCGUCUACCUGUCGGCUCCUAUGCUGGAUGGCUUUGCAACAGGUGCCUCCCUCACCAUCCUGACAGUGCAGGCCAAGUACCUCCUGGGCCUGAAGAUCCCUCGCCACCAGGGCUACGGCACUGUGGUGGUCACGUGGAUCAACAUCUUCGCCAACAUCCAGAACACAAACCUCUGUGACUUAGUCACCAGUGCCAUCUGCAUCUUUGUCUUAGUGGCAGGAAAGGAGAUCCAGGAUCGCUACAAGAGUCGCCUGAAGAUCCCCCUGCCCACGGAGCUGGUGGUGGUGGCUGGGGCCACCCUGGCCAGCCACUUUGGGAACCUGAACGCCCUCUACGGCUCCAGUGUGUCCGGUCACAUCCCCACAGGGUUCAUCCCCCCCACGGUGCCCGCUCUGGACCUGAUGCACCGCGUCGCUCUGGAUGCUGUCCCCAUGGCUGUCAUCAGUUUUGCCUUCACCGUGUCGCUGUCUGAGAUGUUUGCGAAGAAGAACGGCUACACGGUGCGUCCCAACCAGGAGAUGUUAGCCAUCGGCUGCUGUAACAUCAUCCCCUCCUUCUUCCACUGCUUCACCACCAGCGCUGCCCUGGCCAAGACCAUGGUGAAGGACUCCACAGGCUGCCAGACUCAGGUCUCCAGUCUGAUCAGUGCCCUGGUGGUCCUCCUGGUGCUCCUCUUCUUCGCUCCGUACUUCUACUCCCUCCAGAAGUGUGUCCUUGCCUGCAUCAUCAUUGUCAGCCUACGGGGGGCACUCCGGAAGUUCCGCGACGUUCCCGCCAAGUGGCGCGUGAGCAGGGCCGACGCCGUGGUCUGGCUGGUUGCCAUGGCAGCCACGGUGCUCAUCAGUGUGGAGAUCGGCCUGGUGGUGGGGGUGGUCUUCUCCAUGGUCUGUGUCAUCUUCGUCACGCAGAACCCCAAGGUCUCUCUGCUGGGUCGCUCCGAGGACUCAGAGCUUUAUGAGGACCUGGACGAGUAUGAGAACCUGGCCGCACCAGCUGGAGUCCGGGUCUUCCGCUUCCAGGCACCGCUCUACUACGCCAACAAGGACAGCUUCCUCCGGACGCUGUACGAGACCGUGGGGGUGGACCCCUUCCUGGAGAUGACCAGCAGGAGGAAGAGAGACAAGAAGGCCACCAAACGCCUGGCUGCCAAGCAGGCAGGGGAGGACUCAGAGAACCACAAGAACGGCAAGCUCUGCGUGGGACUGGUCCGGAGGGAACUGGAGUUCCACACCAUCGUUCUGGACUGUUCUGCCAUCCCCUUCAUCGAUUCGGCCGGGAUGGGUGCCUUUGCAGGGUUGGUGAAGGACUACGGUGAGCUGGGGGUGGCCGUGCUGUUGGCCGGCUGCAACACCCCCGUCAUCGACGCCCUGCGCCGGGGGGCCUUCUUCGGGGAGAAGGACCGAGACAUGGGCCUCCGGCUUUUCUACACCGUCCACGCUGCAGUGCUCUCCACCAGGAGCAGGGCGGCAGCUGAGGGCCACACAGCCGGCGACUCACAGGUAUAGAUGACAUGGAAGGAGCGUUCAGAAGAGGAGAAGAAGAAGAAAAGCAAGGGCUGCAGAUGACCGCGAUUCAUCUUGCAUUGAAUCUACCAUUGUUUUUCCUCUACCUCAAUUGUACGCUGUUCCAUUUGUCAAACGCUCGACAUGUAAGUUAAUCGGCUGCUCAUUCGGCUUGGGAAGCAAGGAUACAUAACAGGAAGUGAGAUUCUUCGAUCCGCUCACACGUCACCAGACAUAUACAUAUCACGCAGCCGUACGGCCAAACGUAACAAAUGUGCUUGGCCGUUGCCUCUGGGGACCCUGAAGCACCUCACAGGCUCCGGGAUCAAUGGAAAGGAAAAACGGAUGCUUGUUUACUCUGAAACGACAAGCUUUGUCAGUGUUAGAAAGUCUUACAUUCCUCACAAGAAUUAGUUUAAGAACUCCAGGAGUUUCCUGAAACCCCAACAUGAUCCUUUUUCUGAUACAAAGACUAUAAAGGGAAGCCAUCUAAAGCAGUGCCAAAACGGCAAUGAAGAUUCAUUUUGUGAUUAAUGAGAAACGUGUUUAAUCACUUUUAUCCUUGUUUGGUCUGAAGCAUCCAAACUUCAAUAAUCCAUUAACGAAUUUUCUCGUGUUUUCAUGGACAUAUUACCCUUUUAACCCUCUUCUGCCUUAUUAAGGGAAGAAUUUAUUAUUAAAUUAAUAAAUUUGGUUGGUUCAAUGGAUGGUACCAAUGGAUGCUCAGCCAAUCAACAGAGCAGGAAAUUACUCAACAUUCCGUUAGCGUGCAGCUUUAAAUUUCCUCACUUUCGGUUGUUUUCUUUAUUCAUGUAUUUAUUUUAACUUGGUCUUACUUACUGCUUGAGCUGCUGCCCCCGCUACCCGACCCCGGAUAAGCGGAUUGACGAAGUUAAAAUAUUUAGUAGGAACAUUUGUAAUGCUAUAGGGUGCACUCCUGUUCAUGUCUGUUUGUGCUUUUUUGUGGUCUUAUGUAAAAUCAGACCCAUGCAGCCUUAACACUGAUACUUGAAGAAUAGAUGGCCAAGAGCCAUGUUGUACUCAGACAAUUUCAUAUUCAAUGAUUUUUAAUUUGAUUUUUUUAUAAAUUGUUGCAAUUCCCCCAAAUAGCUUUUCUCCCCAAUAUAUUGUAUUUGAAAUGGUUCAUGAGAAAAUCUUGAAAGAAAAUCAAUAGAGAGCUAAUGAGCUUGGUUGAUGAAAACCCAAGCUUGGCCGUUAUUGCUAUCUGGGUGGGGGGGAUUCAGCCUUCAGGAGCACAACUCAGCUUUAGCACCAAGAUGGUAACCAAGAUUGCAACUUAGUUGACCGUCACCAAGUACGAGAUUUGUACUUUUAUCCUCUAAAUGUGUUGACAAGUUUGUCCAAUUGCUUUUAUUUGAUUCGUAGUUGAGAAUAUAAUUGUUCUAAAUUGUCCCAAUACUGUGAUAUCUAUUGUAGCUAACACAAUUUGUAAAAAAAAAUCUAAACCAAAUAAAUUGGUUGUUUGUAAUAAACAAUUAUCGCUGUCUUUUCCCCUCCUUUUGUAAAAAUCAACCUACAAACAUGUGAAGCAUUAAGCAUGCCAACA